UAACUAGCUGGAGCACUCCACUAGCUGGCGUUCCCGCUCCCUGCCGAGCUUCUCUCUGGCUUUUUGCGUGCGUCCACUGCGUGCUCGGCUACUGGAAGUGGAGACUAGUAUACGUUGGCUCUGCUGCUUCCCUCCAUUUCGAAUUUCAAACCGCGUCCGUUCCCCCAACGCUCUCCCUCCCACUGGCCACUGCAAAGCCGCCCCCCGCCUCGGCCUCGCACGCGCAACACGCAGACCGACCGACCACCUGUCUCUCGCUCUUGCUCGUGUUCUUCUUCUUCUUCUUGGCGCACUCGUUUAUUUUCUCUUGCGUGCGUUUCUCUGCGGUUGCUGCUUGGUGCUGCUGUUCUUGGCGGAGGGGAGGAAGAGAUGGGAGGGUCCGGGAAGUGGGUCAAGUCGCUCGUAGGGCUCAAGAAGCCGGACCGGGAGCUGGAUUGCAAGAACAAGCUGCAAGUUCCCUCUGUGAAUGGAGGCGGCGCCAACAAGGGCCGGAAGUGGAAGCUGUGGAGGAGCUCCUCCGGCGACCACGGCUCCCUGUGGCGCGGCUCCAGAGGCGGCAGCCACCGGUCCCCGGCGUCCGAGGCCUCCGACGACGCCUCCUCGGUGGCCACCGCCGCGGCCGAGAUGUUCACCGCCGCCCUCGCCACCGUCGCCCGCGCGCCGGCCAAGGACUUCAUGGCCGUCCGGCAAGAGUGGGCCACCAUCCGCAUCCAGACAGCCUUCCGCGGCUUCCUGGCGAGGAGGGCGCUGCGGGCGCUCAAGGGGCUGGUGCGGCUGCAGGCGAUCGUGCGCGGGCGGCAGGUGAGGAAGCAGGCGGCGGUGACGCUCCGGUGCAUGCAGGCGCUGGUGCGCGUGCAGGCGCGCAUCCGGGCGCGCCGCGUGCGCAUGUCCACCGAGGGCCAGGCCGUGCAGAAGCUCAUCGACGCCCGCCGCACCAAGCUCGACAUCCUCCGGGAAGCCGAGGAAGGAUGGUGUGACAGCCAGGGAACGCUGGAGGCGGUGAGGGUGAAGCUGCAGAAGCGGCAGGAAGGAGCAAUCAAGCGGGAGCGAGCUAUCGCCUACGUUUAUUCGCAGCAGCUCGAAGGCGUUCCGAAAUGCAAUCAACCGAAGAAGAACAAUGGCCGGUCGAACCAGUCGGGUCUCCUGCUCAAGCAUCAGCAUUGUGACAAGAACAACGGCAGCUGGAGCUGGCUGGAGAGGUGGAUGGCGGCCAGGCCCUGGGAGAACAGGUUGAUGGAGGAGCACAACCUGACUACUGCCAGCUCGCCGGACCUUGUGCCGUCCAAGAUCUGCAAGGAUACCUUCGGUGCCCUAGGGGACUUCUCUGAACCAAAUUCAGUGAAGGUGAGGAAGAACAAUGUCAGCAAAAGGGUCAGCGCGAAACCGCCGGGAGCGACGCACCAUCCUCGGUUCAAAGCUCAGUCUAUCUCGUCUCUGAGCACUGAAUUGCACAACGACGAGAGCUCAGCGUCGUCAUCUUCUUGCUUUGCGUCCACUCCAAUAUCGUUCUCCACCUUGGUGACACCAGAGAAGACUGAUGGCAGCGUCAGGGCAAGGCCGAAUUACAUGAGCUUGACGGAGUCCAUCAAAGCAAAGCAAAAGCCUUGCGGUGUCCAGAGAACAACGGUGUCAAAACCGUUGGAGGAUAGGAAGGCCUUGAGCGUCGAUAUGAAGGUUGCCAAGGCGUGAUCAGCCAGGUGUUCAUGGAACUCCAUGCAGAGACGAAGCCAAUUUUCUAGCUCUCUCUAGGGUGUUUUUUAGGUGUCUUCGCUUGCUCCAUCCUUCAGUGUCACGGUGCUGCAUUCUUGAGUUGUAUGUGUGUUGCUGGUCUCAUGUUCAUCAUCUUGUAGUUGCAUUGCCCUAUCUCAGGGCAGUCGAUCGUCAUUGUCAUUGGCAGUGUCUUUGUAAGAUAGUUCUUUGACUGAAAAAAAGAAGUUUGUGUGGAUUUGUUUUCA